AUGCAUAUGCAUUCCGACCCUUAUCUCACUGGUUCCAAAACCUUGUUCACGCUACGAAAGAAAUAUUUUUGUGAAGGUUUCCAACUUGUCUUUUAUAAAGGACACUCGAAUACACACGCUUUGUGUGGUAGAUAUCAAACACGAACAAAACAUAUAACAAUGGCUGAUUUAAUAGUUUACGUACCUGAUAUUCCUGUGGACGUCGAUGACGAAGAACUCGAAGAACAAAUCAAGAUUCGUUUGAAGACAGGCCAUCGACUAGAUGUACAAAGUGUCCAAUGUUAUUCCACACUGGGUGUCGCUGUCAUCAAUAUGCUAAAUGAAGAUGACAAACAUCACCUGAUUUCCGAGGUUGAGACAACUGUCCUUUCCAAGAAUAGUGGCACUAAUAUAUCAUUUGUCAAAGAACUCGAACUUGACUCUUACAUCGUAAUUGGUUCAGAACUCAAGAAGGCUCUUUCGGCUGAUGAAGUUGCCCAACGGUAUGCAAACGCAUAUAAAACAUCAAAGACACGUCGUUGCGAAAUCGUCUCCGAUCAGUUCCCCAAUGUCUUUCGAAUCUAUUACAAAAAGCUUGCUGAACUAAUUCAGGCAGCCACUACACCUGACUUCAAAAUCGAGGCUGCGUUUGCUACUGUUUAUCCACGUGCUGACUGUUGUUUUUUCGAAGACCUACCAACAAGCACUAAUAACGAAAAACUCAUGUCAGCUAUUGCUGUUCAACUUGGUGAACCUUCACUACACACAACCUCACUCUAUACACAGUACAAUAAACAAACUGGUAAUGCGAUUGUGAUAGCAUCCAAGUCUCUCAGGAAAUGGACAAAAGAGGCUACACUAAAAAUCGAUGAACAUUCCAUAUCCAAAAGACAUAAACUUUCCUACCGAGUACUCAUUUCACCCGUUCACAAUGAUGUCGAAGUUGAGAAAAUACUUCGAAACAAACUAUUUUACAACCGAGUUGCAUCACAUAAACGUGUUAAUGACAAACUCAUCAUUGAAUUGAACGAUAUAAAUCAUUUUCAUGAAUGUUUGGACAUUGGAGGCUUCGGAAUAGAUGGUAAAGCCUUGGCCAUUAAGCCACACACUCGAGUCACCGAUCCGGAUUCAUGUGAACUCGAUGCUUUGAACUGGUAUGAUACAGAUAUGUUGGAUAUCAAACCUGAUAUCACCACAAUCAUCAAUGAUCAUCAACAUCCUAUAUUUCGGUUCAAGUGGAAGGCUCAGAACUUCCUAGAGCAAAUGAACAAAGCAGCGGCUAUUCCUGUCAAAGGCUAUGAUCUUACAAGACAUCUAUUACGCGUGACUGUUAUGCUCAACACUAUAGGCACGUUAAGGAAGAAACAGUAUAUUGUCGAUGAUACUCUGGUCAAACUAAAACUUGAACGAAUACAAACCAUUGGCUACAAUCACCAGUCCAAACUAUUCACAAGAAAAACACUGUCACAAACAGAUUUCCAAACACCAUAUCCAAAAACAACUGUUCAAGUCGUCGAAGAAGAUUGUCUUGUUCUCUAUGAACAACUGGUGGCAAAAGGGCGUCGACCAUUGCUGCUCAACAUGGCUAAUGCAACUAGUCCAGGUGGUGGCUAUCGAAAAGGUGAUGGUGCACAAGAAGAAAAUAUUUUUCGCCGUUCUGACUACUAUCACAGUCUCGAUGGAGAAUUAGCUGAUCGAACUCGAUCAGAGCGACUCUACUACACACCAAAGGGUGAACUUAAACAGUUGAAAGGAUUCGGUGACUUCUAUCCGAUGGAAGAGUUUGGAGGCAUCUACACAGCAGGCAUCACUGUGUUUCGCGGAACUGAACAAGAUGGCUAUCCUUACAAGAAACAACCUCUCUACAAUGUGUGUGCUAUUGCUAUGGCAGCUUAUCGAGAUCCUCCUCUCACUCCUGGCAACAAGCUGCAAAACAAAUCCGCCAUGAACACUCGUCGAAAAAUUGAGAACAUCUUCGCCAUCGCACAUCAUCAAAAGCAUGAUUGUCUAGUGUUGUCUGCAUUAGGUUGUGGUGCUUUUCGAAAUCCACCCGAACAUGUUGCUCUGCUAUUCAAAUCAGUUAUUUUACAAUAUGCUGGCUAUUUCGACACGAUUUAUUUUGCCAUCAUCAAUGAUCACAAUGCAAAAGGUGUGGUGAAUCCCAAAGGAAACUAUGGACCAUUCAAAACUAUACUAGACGGCUUUGAAGUGGAACCACCGAAAACGUUACGAGUGGAUGGAGUGAGUGGACCAUAUCGUGUUCUUGACAAAACAGCCGAUGGUCAAUUGACACUGGAUGAUGUCUUCAUUUCACAGACAGCAGCUCCUUGUCAACAUGGCAACAACUGUCGUGAUAGAAGAAAUAAAGAUCACAGUCAACAGUUUUCACAUCCACCAAGAUGUCCAUUACAGAAAGCGAACUCAGAGUGUGAACACAUGGAUGACGAUGUACAUGUGGCUACCUUUAUGCAUACAAAAAAUUGUGAGAAAGGUGGCGAAUGUACCAGCACAGAUGCAGCACAUUUGAACGAUUUCGAUCAUCCAGACUUUUGCAAAGAUCAAUUCUAUUGUUAUAGGACCGACCCUCAACAUCUAUUUGAUUAUCGACAUCUACCUGCAUGUCGAGAUGGAAUCGACUGUCACCUGCGCUUAAGCCGUGACGACAAUCAUAUCAAAGCAUUUCGACAUGUCAGAUUAGCUUGCCCCGAAGAUAACUGUUGCAGUCAAAUUCACGAUGAAUCACAUAUGAGAAAAACAAUUCACUCAUUUCGUGAACCAUGUCCAUUCACACCCUACAGCUGUGCUCUAUUUGUCGAAUUCUUCCAGUCUGGCAAAAUGAAAAAAUGUUCAUCGGAAGCAGAACAGCAUUGUCUCCAGUUGACACAUCUCUGUCCCUAUGGCCGCCAAUGCAAAACAGAUGAAGACAAACACUACGAAACUACUAUUCACAUCGCUCGACAACUGUGUCCACAAGGUGAUCAAUGUCCAAAUAUAACUAACGAAGACCAUCUAGAGUCAUUUGCUCAUCCGGGUAUUCGUGAUAUUCGUCUCCUAUGUCAACAUCCUGGCUAUAAGUGUCAUUCGAGAUCAGAUAAAAAGCAUUCGACUACUUAUCGACAUGGUCAAAACUAUGAUCAUCUGACGGUGGCACCGUGCAGCAAUUACAAUGCAGAUAUUGACUUUGCCCGAAAUCAACGACAUCUGAUCAGAAAUGUGAACAAUUAUAUCGAAACAGAAGGAUGGACAAAUAAAAAGGUUCGAAGUGAACUACGGAACUGGAUACGAGCACUUCAGCCAGUACAUCGAUGCCAAAAAGAGAUAUUCGAAUCGAUUCUUGUACAUGGUCAUGUCAUGAGUCGAAAGUAUAUGGAGAAACUAAAUAGCCCGUCAGCUGUAGCGAAGGCUGUGUUACAACACAACGACGUACGUUCUAUCAUUCUUAAGCACAAUAGUCCGGCGAUGAAAGAAGGUGCAUUCAAACUGAUAAAAACAUUAGUCAAAGCUGAGUUUUCGAAAACAGGAGCUGAUGGUAUAGUUGGUUUAGAUGCUGAGGAUGAAGAGCAAAUGAAGAUAGCAGAAAAGAAGCUAAAAGUAUUAUUAAGCGACAAAGAUAUGAAAGUGAUUCAUGAAUCUACCACCAACAUUGCACAAGCAUCGGUUGCACUACAUGGAGCACCAAUGGGAAUGGGAUAUGCGGUUGAUAAGAAAAUGGGAACCAAUCAACAUGUAUUCAGCAUUUUAGGACCACAUUCUGAUCAUCAAUACGGUGACAUUGUGAUCUUAUUCAAACAAGAGAUCAUGUUUCAUCCUGAUACUAAUUUUUCGAUGCAAGCCGGUACUAGUUUUCAUAGUGGAAGAACUUACAAAAAGCGAUUGUGGGUAACAGAUUCCGGUGAUAUUGAUAAUCGUGUGGUAGAUUUUCAUCAUUCGAAACUACACUGUUCUGUUCCCCGUUAUGAAUAUGCAGCUGCCACCGAACUAGCUGCUCUUACUGGUUUCAACACAAAAUCCAUGGAUGUUGACAUCAAAGAUGUUUUAAAUCGAUGGAAACAUGUGAAUUCACACGAUGUAUUUGAAUGUCAUUUGCCACAACUUAUCCCUUUAGAUUAUAUUGAGUUUGUUUACAUACCAAAGAAUAUUUUUGAUUCACUCACUCCUACAGCACAAAGCUCAGCAAGAGAAAUAUUCAAAAGCUCACUCAUCAUAUAUCCACAAUCAGUCGAUGUCAGUUUAAUCAAGCCAAAUAUUCAUAUUCCAUUAGAUGAUACACGUAAAACUUAUCUCAAAUUUAUACUUGGCGAAAUCGAUGACAAAAUUCAAGAAAGAAUGAAUACACCACAUAUUUCACGAGGUAUUGUUGUCACAGCUUCAGGUUCAAACUAUGAUGGACACAUUGUUCUUCCCAUGACGAUCAAACAAUCAUACGAUCUCUAUCGACUCGAUAAUGACAAAGCACCAGAAAGACCACGCUAUACUCUCAUCUAUUGGCAAGCCAUGCAUGGUGAUAUGAUGCUGACCAUUGCCAAUGAAAAGAUACAGUCGACUGAAGAUCAGCCUCAUCUGCGAUGUCUUGUUUGCUAUGUGGCUGAAAAGCCAUCGACAGCAACAUCAGACUAUCAUGAGAACUAUUCGUAUCUCAAUGAUGGUCAUCCAUUUGAACAUUCGACCAAUGUUUCGACAGCGAAAUUCCGAGCCAAGUCACAUGUCUUCUAUCGAGGUUGUAAUACGGAUGACUUCCUCACAUUUUGUCUGGAAAUCGAUUAUAAGACAAAUGAAGCACGUUUGUUUCAUGCUGGUGCAAAUGGAAUAUACAAUCAUGAGAAGAUUGCUUAUAAGUUCGACAAAUCUGAGUUGGACUUAUCACGAAUCGAAUAUGUUCAUCAUUCGACUACUUAUCGACAUGGUCAAAACUAUGAUCAUCUAACUGUGGCACCGUGCAGCAAUUACAAUGCAGAUAUUGACUUUGCCCGAAAUCAACGACAUCUGAUCAGAAAUGUGAACAAUUAUAUCGAGACAGAAGGAUGGACAAAUAAAAAGGUUCGAAGUGAACUACGGAACUGGAUACGAGCACUUCAGCCAGUACAUCGAUGUCGGCAAGAGAUAUUCGAAUCGAUCCUUGUACAUGGUCAUGUUAUGAGUCGAAAGUAUAUGGAGAAACUAAAUAGGCCAUCAUCUGUAGCGAAGGCUGUGUUACAACACAACGACGUACGUUCUAUCAUUCUCAAGCAUAACAAUCCUGCAACCAAGAAUAAUGCAUAUAAGCUUGUUAAAACGUUAGUUAUAGACGAGCUCGUGAAGACAGGAACUUAUGUAAUGACUACACCGGAUCCUGAUCAUCAAGAGGAGAAAAAAAUAGCAGAACGAAGGCUAAAAACAGCGCUUAGUGACCAUGAUAUGAAAGUUAUUUAUGAUUCCGCAACAAAUAUUGCACAGGCAUCCAUUAAAUUACAUAGUACACCAGCAGGAAUAGGAUUUGGUGUCGAUGUAAUCAUGGAAACAGAUCGACAUGUUUUUAGCAUUUUGGGUCCACAUCUAGGUUAUUACUAUGGUGAUAUUGUAAUCAUCUUCAAACAGGAAAUCAUGUUCCAUCCUGACAGCAACUUUUCUAUUCAAGCAGCUACUAGUUUCAAAAGUGGAAGAACAUAUGGAUGUCGUCCCUGGAUACCCAAUCAAACCGCUGAUAACGAACGCAUUGCUGAUUUCCACCAUUCCAAACUACACUGUUCUGUUCACCGUUAUGAAUAUGCAGCUGCCACCGAGCUAGCUGCUCUUACUGGUCUCACUACAAAAUCCAUGGAUGCUGACAUCAACGAUAACUUAAGUCGAUGGAAACGGGUCGAUUCUCAUGAAACAUUCGAAGCUCAUCUUCCACAACUCAUUCCACUAGAUUACAUUGAAUCUGUCUACAUGCCACAAAACAUCUUUGACUCUCUCAGUCCUGAGGCACAAAGCUCAGCAAAACGGUUAUUUAAAGACUCACUCAUCAUGUAUCCACACCCAGUCGAUCUUACUCUGCUCAAGCCAGGUAGUGGUGUUCCAUUGGAUGCUACGCGUGUGCCUUAUUGCAGUUUUAUAGUUGAUAAAAUCGUCAAACAGAUUCAAGAAAGAAUGAAUACACCACACAUUUCACGAGGUAUUGUUGUCACAGCUUCAGGUUCAAACUAUGAUGAACACAUUGUUCUUCCCAUGACGAUCAAACAAUCAUACGAACUCUAUCGACUCGAUAAUGACAAAGCACCAGAAAGACCACGCUACACUCUCAUCUAUUGGCAAGCCAUGCAUUGUGAUAUGAUGCUGACCAUUGCCAAUGAAAAGAUACAGCCGACUGAAGAUCAGCCUCAUUUGCGAUGUCUUGUUUGUUAUGUGGCUGAAAAACCAUCAACAGCAACAUCACGUUAUCAUGAGAACUAUUCGUAUCUCAAUGAUGGUCAUCCAUUUGAACAUUCGACCAAUGUUUCGAAAGGGAAGUUCCGAGCUAAGUCGCAUGUCUUCUAUCGAGGUUGUAAUACGGAUGACUUCCUCACGUUUUGUCUGGAAAUCGAUUAUAAGACAAAUGAAGCACGUUUGUUUCAUGCUGGUGCAAAUGGCAUAUACAAUCACGAGAAGAUUGCUUAUAAGUUCGACAAAUCUGAGUUGGACUUAUCACGAAUCGAAUAUGUUCAUGUUAGUGCUGGAAGUCAAGAUGUUCCAAUUCGUAACUUGAGAAUUCAUCAUGAGCGAAUCGAUGAAUUACAUCCGACGUCUGAUAAAGAUUUUGGAAUAAAUACAUCUGAACUGAUAAGAAAGCGCCGAUCAUCGGUGGAUCACAUUGCCCCCAGACAUCAUCAUCCAGAUGCGGCAAAAGAACGCCAUGACGUAUAUCCUAAACCACCAAAAACACGACCGGCUUCUGUUAAAACUCCACAAAAAAAGAUGGGCCUGUUCAAAAAAAUAAAAUGCAUGCUUUUUGGUACAGUUACGGUGGACCAAAAGCAGGUAGCACAAGCAGCUGCCUAUACUGAACAUUCUUCUGAUGUGCCAACUACAGAUACGCCAGAGUACGAUCAACCGAGAGACGAAAGAGUCGAAUCUAAGCCCCAACGAGGCAGGCCACCAUCGCCGAAACGUAACUCAUCAAGAUCGAGGUCACCAUCGCCAAAGGCUCGACCGCCACCGAGACCUAGAACGCCGCCACUGCAUUCAUCAAAGCUACCUCUUUGUCGUGAUUCUAUCUACUGUCUCAACCAAAAUGUUAGGACACAUACCGAUGAAUUUUCUCACAUAUGUCGUUUCAACGAUCAGUGUCGAAAACAGGCAGAUGAACCACAUCUUGUUCAUCAAAAUCACAAGGUUCCACGAUGUACAGAUGACAGAGAUUGCAGAGAAAAAGCCGAUCCAGUACAUCGUGCACAAUAUCGCCAUAGAGGUUUACCUGAUCUUCUCAUGGCGUGUCAGUAUCAAGAGCUUUGCUACGAUAAAUCUGAUGAACAUCGUCUAAGAUAUUUUCAUGGAGAAGAAAUACCGUCAUUCAAGAAACACAAACCACUGGCACCUGUCAUUGCUAGCACCCGGCCAAGAGCAGUGAUUCCUUGCAAAUUUGGUAAUGACUGUCGAAAUAAGAACGAUCCGAAACACAGUGCAACAUAUUCACAUCCUACUUGA